AUUGACAGCACCACCAAGCUCAACGCCCACCCCUCCGCUUUGCUUGCUUUACGACCGGACACCUUUCUCUGCACUAUCGCCGACUUGUAAUCGCAGAACCUACCUCUCACUGUUUGUCCCGCAAUCAAAAUGACUUCGAUAGGUACAGGCUAUGACCUGUCCAACUCCGUCUUCUCACCCGAUGGCCGAAACUUCCAAGUCGAGUAUGCAGUAAAGGCGGUAGAGAAUGGUGGCACAGCUGUUGGAAUCAAGUGCAAAGAUGGUGUCGUGCUGGCCCUCGAGAAGCUCAUCUCCAGCAAGUUGCUGAAGCCGGGGGCGAACAAGCGGAUAGCAACAGUGGACAGGAACAUAGGCAUAGUCUCCUCAGGUCUUCUACCCGAUGGUCGCCACUUCGUAUCACGAGCCCGCGAUGAGGCAGCGCAGUGGCGGCAGCUUUACAAGGCACCUAUCCCCUCAUCGUCCCUCGCCGAUCGCAUGGGAAGCUACGCUCAGGCAUAUACUCUUUACUCGAGCGUGCGACCGUUUGGCAUAACAGCCAUCAUCGCUGGAUGGGAUUCGGAGGCCGAGCUACCGGUUGAUGCACAAGUCGGCUCAGGACCCAAGGUUGGCUCUGGAGGCAAGAAGGAGGGUGCGAAGCACGGUGGCCCAUCAUUGUACAUGAUUGAGCCGAGCGGUCUAUACUGGGGCUACUACGGCGCAGCGACAGGCAAAGGCCGACAAAUCGCCAAGUCAGAACUCGAAAAGCUAAACCUCGCCGAAGGUGAACUAUCCCUCGAAGAAGGUGUCAAGGAGGCAGCACGCAUCAUCUACGUCGCACAUGAUGACAACAAGGACAAGGAGUUCGAGCUGGAGAUGACCUGGAUUAGCAAUCUAGCCGGCCCCACCAAGGGCAGGCACGAGGAGGUACCAAAGGAGAUCAGGGAAGAGGCUGAAAAGCUGGCAAAGAAGUCGCUAGAGGGUGACGAUGACGACGAUGAGGAGGAGGAGAAGAUGCAAGAGUAG